CGGUCCUUCUCGCCAUGGGUGAAUUCGCUCGUUCCAGAAGCGGCUCCUUGGAGCACGAGGUCGAAGUGAUCAAGUACCGUGCCUUGGAUGGCCUCUUUGUCCAAUAUCUCUCCGAAGCUCCUGGCUCGUUGGAGCGGCUGGACUGCUCGGCGCUGUCCGGCAAGCAAUCCGCCAGCCAACACCCGGUCGUCGGCCUCUCGAUAGGCGACGGCGCUCUCCCUAUCGAGCCAUGCCAGCCAUGCGGCAUCACCAACACGGUGCGGCACUCUGAAGCCUCGUCAUCGCCGCCCAAGUCCGAGCAUCUCAUUCCCGUCUCUGUGUCUGGAUCAACGUACAUCGACUCGAUCUCCGAGAAGCACGAGCACAUGCCUCCACACGGCCGCCGUGUCAACCGAAUCCUUCCGUCAAAACUCGAUGCCGUCAACCAGCAAGACUCUGGUGUUGAUCUGACCGAGCACGGGCAGCUGCCCUCGGAAAGUCGCAUCAACACGUCGGAGGCCAUGAAAGACAUUCCUCGGUUCUACUUCCCCUUUGGAAAGCCCAAGGAUCCCGCCGUCUUUGCCCGGGAGCAGGAGGAACUGAUGAAAACGAUGCGUGUCAUAUUCCAGGUUACAGAGAGCAGCCCCAGCGGCACGGGCUUGUCUCUGCUCGAAUUCUUUGCAGUCACAGAGGCUUGUGUGCUGCCCAAGUUUGUCAACACAGCGCUGUUCAAGAAGACACUGAUGUCGGACCCAGCGAGCUGCCCGAUGCCGCUCGAGGAGUCUACCGUGUCGUUUACUCAGUUUGAGAGAAUCUGGACCGAGCUCUCGACAAAGUUUGUGGAUGAGUGUGCCCUCGUCUUUGCCAUCAUGACCCAACCGGGACAAACCCAUCUGAUGCCGUCGGAUUUUGAAGUUGUAAUCAAGGAUGUGAUCUGUAACCACUUUGCACUGGCAUUUCUGUCAACCAUGUCCAUAUUCCAAACACGCUACAGUGGGAUCUUUUACGAAAAGCCAAACUACUGGAACGAAAAGAUGACGCUCCCUGAGUUCCGAAAAAUCGGAUUUACCGACCUUCUCCGAUCGCUUGAGAGAGAAGAGGACGUCAAUACGACUCGCGAUGUCUUCUCCUACAAACACUUUUAUGUGAUAUACUGCAAGUUCUGGGAACUGGAUACGGACCACAACAUGCUGAUUGAUUUGAGCAACCUGGUCAAGUACGACAGCUACUCGAUGACUGCCUCUGUUCUGAAACGGGUGCUUGAUACCAGGAGACUACGCCCACAGGGCUCUUGGUUCAUGGAGAGCCCCGAGGCUGGCGAGCAUCCGUCGCUCUCGGCCAAGCACCGACUGAGCGGCUCGUGCGACUCGGUCUAUAGCAGCAUUCUCCAACGCGGCGACUCGUGUUCGGUUAUGACCUACAAAGAGUUUGUGCAGUUUAUCCUGGCUUGCGAGGACAAGCAGCGCACACAGUCGAUCGAGUACUGGUUCCGGUGUCUCGACACCGACUCGGACGGCGUUAUCAGCUUUUACGAGCUCAAGCAUUUCUGGGACGAGCAGUACGAGCGCAUGAUCAGUUGCAAGAUGAGCGAUCCCUGGAAGUUUACAGAUUUUAUCUGCAGCAUGAUCGACCUCAUCAAACCCAAGAACGAUAACUUCUUCACACUUUCCGACCUGAAGCGAUCCAAGAACCCUGCUUUGUUCUUCGACAUGCUGUUCGAUAUCUCCAAAUACGACAACUAUGUGCGCCGGUUGGAUCCUGCUUUCCGCGAGAUGGACGAGAUUUGGAUCAUCGACCACACAGGCAACAAGAUCCAGCUGGAGGGCUGGGACAAGUUUGUGGAGCGAUCGUACUCUGAACUCGCCAAGGAUGAACUUGACAACACCCUCGGAGGCUGCCAGUCCUAUGCCACUUCUGGGUACUUUGGCCCCCAGUCGCUGUUUUCCUUCUCGGACGGGCUCUGCAACCUCGAUUUUGACGAUCGACCGGACGAAUGGACGCUCGAGCACCCUUACGACGACGAUGCCUAUCAUCCCGUCCACGACGAUGCAAGCGACAACGACACGGACGAGAACGGCGAGGACGACGGCUCGGCCGCUCAAGCGCAGAUGCCCGGCGAUUCCAACACCACGAAAAACGUGGGUCAUUCAAAAAUGCAGCGUGGCGAUGAUCGGGAUGUGGGGACCAGCGAGCUGAGCUCGAAGCGAUCCCUUCGGAUUGGAGACAAGUUUUCUCGGCACUUUAGUCGCAUCAAGUUUACGAGCUCGGCCGGAGGCGAAAUUGAGGAUGACUGUGAUGAUGAUGAAGAUGAGGAUGAUGAUGAAGAUGAUGACGACAACGAUGGCGAUAGCUGCGGAGGCGAUGGCGAUGGCGAUGGCGAUGGCAAACUGGUCGGUGGCAGCGACCAAUCUGCGGGCGGUCCCCUGCUGGUGCCUCUGGCAACUGUGAAGGCCCCGGCAAAGGUCGACGGCGAGCAAAUCGUCCCUGGACCGGUCUGCGGCAACCUCGCGGCAUCUAACUCGACGCAGACAGCGGUCGAUUGCGCCAACUGAAUCAGCCAUCCCCCCCCGUCGGCACCGCGAAAGUAUUGUCUCCUGUCGUGCCUUGCGCUCCAGUUUGCUGUUCCGCCUUCCGGUUCCAAGCUCGGGCCAGUGCGCCAUGUGCGCUUUGGGCACGAUGCCAAAUCACUAUGAUUGCACUGGACACAUACAACUACACUUCUGUCAAAGGAGAAGCGGAUCACAUCCAUGAUUCCAUUGUGAUUGCGCGGUAUACGAAAGACAGCGUCCUUUGUUAAUAGAUUUCUUCUAAAC